GGAGCGGGGCUUGUCGUCUCCAUCGCCGCCGGUAUGUUGGUCGGAGGCCCGGGGAGGCGUCCCGCACGCCGGGCUGGAGGCUGCCUGGUGCCCGCCUGCCUGCUGGCGCUGCUGCUCUGCCUGCCGGGGACGCGGGCGUCCUACCCGCAGAGCGGCGAGUGCAAAGGCAAAGGCAAAGACUGCACAGAUCUGUCAGAGAAGAAGAGCGACCUGAGGGUUUGUGACGACUCCACCUGCCGAUUCGGAGGCGUCUGCCGAGACGACGGAGCUCAGCUCAAAUGUGUCUGCCAGUUUCAGUGCCACAAAAACUACAUCCCUGUGUGCGGCUCCAACGGGGACACCUACCAGAACGAGUGCUACAGGCGACAGGCGUCCUGCAAACAGCAGAGACUCAUCUCCCGGGUGUCGGACGGGCCGUGCUCCGCCGACGCCGGCUCCGGCUCCGGAGAUGGAGAAGAGUACGAAGGCUCAGGCUCUGACGUCGGGAAGAAGUUCACCAAGUGCGGCACGUGCAAAUACGGAGCGGAGUGCGACGAAGACUCCGAGGACGUCUGGUGCAUAUGCAACAUCGACUGCAGCGGCCACAAUGAGAACCCCGUGUGCGCCACGGACGGGAACUCGUACAACAACCCGUGUCUGGUCCGGGAGGCGUCGUGCAUGAAGCAGGAGCAGAUCGACGUCAAACACCUGGGAAGAUGCCCAGCCGAUAAAGAGAAACUGGGCAAGAAAGACGACGGCAGUCCUUUCAAAAUCAACAUCCUGGAAACCAAAGGCCUGGAUCACGGUGACGGAUUCUACGCCGGCACCAUCCCCUGCGCCGACAGCUACGCCGGCUUCUGCGUCCACGGGAAGUGUGAGAUCAAGUACAACAUGGCCACCUGCAGGUGCGAUGCCGGCUACAAGGGUCCGCAGUGCGAGGAGCCGCAGGACUUCAACAUUCUCUACGUGGUUCCCAGCGGACAGAAGCUGCACUACGUCCUCAUCGCCGCCAUCAUCGGCGCGGUGCAGAUCGCCAUCAUCGUCGCCGUGGUGAUGUGCAUCACGAGGAAAUGCCCGAAAAACAACAGGGGCCGCCGGCAAAAACAAAACCUGGGACACUUUUCCUCGGACACUAACUCCAGGAUGGUAUAGCCGUGUUUUUUGAUAAGUUUUUUCUUACGGCGUGGGAAAUACCAUUUUUUAACAGUAGAUGUGUCGUAUUAUUAUGAUUAUGAUUAUGAUUAUGAUUACUAUUAUUAUUAUUAUUAUUAUUAUUUCUUUGGAAAACAUAAAAAAGAAGAAUGAGAAUAUUUAUUUCAGGGGCCUUAUUUUUAUUUUAUUUUUUAUCAAAUGGAAUCGUAGCGCACCAACCUGCGCUGUCGCAACUAUUUUUUUUUGUUUUUUUUUGGGAAAGCGGCGCCAGAGCGAGGGCGAGGAGCCGACUCGACACAAACCACCGACACUUUGCCAUCGUAGCGUCUCUGUUGUCUUAAGUCCUUCCUUUUCUGAGUUCUGUUGAACGCCUCACAGAUGUGGUUCCUUUGGCAAACGGAAACGUCCGCCCCUCUUGGAAUGUGCUGUUUAUCGGAAAUGCUGACGAUCAUUUCCACGCCCCCGUUCUGUUUCUAUUUCUAUCACUUUUUACAAAAUGAUGUGCAGCUGAUCACCAAAUGCAGUUUUUUUU